AUGAGAUUUAAAACUCAAAUUAAAAAAGGUGAUUGGGUUGCUCUAGGGGCAGAUACUUCAAGCCAAGAACAAUCAAAUUCAACUCAAAAUUAUGGAGCUGCCAUUAGUUUUGUGUCAAUUCCUUUUAAUUUGGAGAAAAUAACAUUUCAAAAUUUUCCAGUUACUUUUAAACCGGUUGCAGUUUAUUGUAGAUUGAUAGCGGAACUACAAAUUGGAGGAGAGGGGCUCUAUCAAACUGAUCAGUACUAUGGAUUCACACCUGAAUGUGUACGAAUGGUUCAUCCGAUACGAACCUGUCACAGUUCAAACAUUACACAGGCUACUAGAGAUUAUAGUAUUGGCCAUGAUUUCGAUUAUGGCGAUUCCAUUCCAAAUUCAACUAUAAAUCCCUAUAAUCUACCUGCCAACUUGCCAGCUGGCUAUUAUGGUGUAUUUCAAGAUAGAGUUUUAUACAUGUACCGAUUUAAUUUAAAUGAAAACAAAUCAACAGAUGUAGAAUCAGCUUUACAACAAAUGGGGUUCCGACAUAAUGUAACCUAUGGUUCAUACACUGACAACCAAAACAUUAAAUAUAUCUUUUGUUUUGUAGAAGUACACAAGAAUGCAAUCCAUUUCUUCCCACAAGAAAAGGCAAUUAAUACAAACAUAAAAAUGGAAGACGUCUGUUCAUUAUACUUUAAUUCUAGAAGAAGAAAUGAUAUUCUUGAACUUUCAAAUUGUGAUCCAAAAAUAUAA